GACUCAAUUCGUUCGCUCAGUGGAAAGGAAGUGGUGAAAGUUUGCCCGCAGAGCGAUUUCCACCGCAGAGAAACAGUCACAGUUAACGAACGGCAUGUCGACUAGCGUGUGCCAUAGCCAGCUGACACUCACAUCGGAGCCGGAAAAGUUCAGAAAUCCUCCAUGGUGGAAUCGUCGAACAAAGUUAGAGAGGACAUUAUGUUUUGUUACAGUAACAUCCCUAUUGAUGCUUUCAGUAAUGGCCGCUGCGCUGGCCGUCUUCGGGUACCUUUACCAAAGAAAUUUAGAUUCCAGACAAGCUAUAUACGUGCCAUCCAACACAGAUCGCCUUGUGUCGUCGCUCAACGUCUCCUUUGCCUCCGAUCUCUGCUUGACACCCGGAUGCGUCAAAGCAGCUGCCGACAUCUUGUCCAAUCUAGAUGACAAGGCGGAUCCUUGCGAUGAUUUCUACCAGUUCGCUUGCGGUGGCUGGCUAGAUAGGCACGCCAUUUCGGAGGAUAGAUCAUCCGUUUCUGUUUUUUCUGAAGUUCAAGACGAUCUCAAUCUUAAACUUAGAGUUCUGCUCGAGAAGAAAGUGACAGGAACAGAACCAGAUUUCAUUCACAUGAUAAAAGGAAUGUACGACUCUUGCCUGGAUCUCAAAAGCAUCGAGAAAUCGGGCAGCGAACCUCUGAAGAAAGCUUUGAAAGAUCUCGGGGGCUGGCCUGUUGUAGAAGGAGAAAAAUGGGAUGAAGCCUCUUUCGACUGGAUUGAUACCCUUAUUCGUUUCCGUCAGCUUGGCUACAGUCACGAUAUCCUGAUAGACUUGUCUGUAACAGCGGACUACAGGAACAACACGGCUCACAUCAUAGAACUGGACCAGACAUCAUUAGGAAUGCCAGAUCGUACCUAUUUAAUGCGGGGAUUAAAUGAUUCUUCUACAGCUGCUUACUUCAAAUUGAUGGUGAAAGCAGCCAAUCAGCUGGGUGCAGAUGAAAGUACAUCAGAGGAAGAACUUCGAAAAGCCCUUGAUUUCGAAAUCAUGCUCGCCAAUUUUUCUCUGCCACGUGAGGAAAGACGGAAUAUGAGUAGCAUGUACAACAAGUACACCGUUAAGAAGCUUAUGGAGGAGGUACCACAGAUUGACUGGCUGAAAUAUUUCAAUGGACUACUGAACAAUGAAAUCACAGAAAACGAAACCUUGAUUAUUAAUGUGCCAAAAUUUGUCAUCAAGUUCGCUGAAUACAUCACAAAAGUCGAUAAAAGGGUGGUGGCCAAUUACAUGAUGUGGAGGGUUGCCGGCCAGUCCUUGUCUAUAUUAUCGAAGGACUGGAGGACUCUGGCUCAAGAAUAUAGCUCAGUAAUCACAGGAAAAAGCCAGGAAGAGCCUCGGUGGGAACAAUGCCUCUCAUCUCUUAGUGGAAGCUUAGGAGUUGCUCUCAGUUCCUAUUACGUGAAACAUUACUUCAGAGAAGACAGCAAAGAUGCGGCAUUAGAACUAGUUGAAUAUAUUCACAAAGAGUUUUUAAAUAUCCUAGCCAACAUAGAUUGGAUGGACACAGAAACUAAAAAACAAGCCAAAGAAAAGGCUAAUGCCAUAACACCAUAUAUUGGAUACCCAAAAGAGCUUCUGAAUGAUACUUACGUUUCCGAUCUGUAUACAAACUUAACGCUUAGCAACGAAAGCUAUUUCGAAAACAUAAUGAAGGUGCGUAGGUGGUCAACUGAUUACUCUUUUUCCCGGCUUCGGAAACCGAACAUUAAAGGAGAAUGGAAGAAGCACGCAAGGGCUGCUGUUGUCAAUGCCUUUUAUAAUUCACUGGAGAACAGCAUUGAAUUUCCUGCAGGAAUUUUACAACACUCUUUCUUCAACAAGGAUCGACCACACUACCUAAACUUUGGAGCCAUUGGUUAUGUUAUUGGUCACGAAAUCACGCACGGAUUUGACGAUAGAGGUCGGCAGUUUGAUAAAGAUGGCAAUAAUGUGAACUGGUGGGAUCAAAAAACAGAUGAACUCUUCAAGAAAAAAGCCCAGUGUAUUAUAGAUCAGUAUAGUAAUUAUACAGCUGAAAAUGGAAUGCAGGUAAACGGCAUCAACACUCAAGGAGAAAAUAUAGCUGACAACGGAGGAUUGAAAGAAGCUUAUCUGGCCUAUCACUCUUGGGUAAAAGACCAUGGAAAAGAACCAAAGCUGCCAGGAUUGAAAUAUACACCGAGUCAAUUGUUUUGGAUAAGUGCAGCUAAUGUCUGGUGUGGGAAAUACAGACCAGAAAUUCUGAAGUUAAGAAUUAUCUCUGGAUCGCAUAGCCCUCCCCAGUUUAGAGUGAUAGGACCAAUGUCUAACCUACCAGAGUUUGCCAAAGAAUUUCAGUGCUCAUCAGAUUCUCCAAUGAGUCGGAAAAACAAGUGCCAAGUUUGGUAGCAAAGCCAAAUGAACAAAUCUCUAUUUCAGAAAGCUUUUACUGGUAUAAUUUAUUAUUGGUGCAAGUGUGGCACAGGUAUUGCAUGUAAAAUUUCGAAGCACAGUUGUACAGUCAUUCUUUUUCUUUUAAUAAAAUAUUUAAUUCAUUUUUUA